AUGCUUUCAAGAAAGAAACAGAUAAAGAGAAUACUAGGCGCAGGCACAUCCCUUGCCUUUUUUGUCGAAAGAUGCACAGGAAGCUGGUACAACAUUUUUAGAGAGGAGGCAAGCAGCAGCAAUGACCUGCACACAGGCGAUGACGGGCUGGCAAAUGAGAUAGACUAUCUAAACUUUCCUUCCAGCGACUCAUACAUUGAUGGCGUUGGGCCGCCCAGCGAGGGACACGAUUCUCUUAUCAGAGUAAAUGAUGCAGCAGACUACUACCCGCAGAUUGAUAGCCAGUGUGUGGAAGGGCCUGGUGCAUCUGGGAGUAUUUUAAGUGAGACACCCAAUAACCCGAGCAUAUCAAAGGAUGAAAGUAGAGUAAUGAGCAUAAUGGAUGAUUUGGACCUUUCCUCGAGUGAGAUUCCUGUGGAUGACAGCUCGUCUUUGAGUGGAUACGAUCCAAAUGCAAAUAUAAUCACAGAUCUCUCGUAUCCUCGGCCUGACCAGUACAUAGCAGGGCCUACAAUGUACGAUUACGCUUUCAGUGAUGCAUAUAGCAUGCCUAGUACAUCGGAUGUUAUGCACAGCUUUGGGCAUUCUUCAUUUAUCCAUCCAUAUGUAAAUAACUCCAUCUACGGUGAAUACGAGCCUUUUGCUGCACUGGGAGAAAUGCCAUAUCCCUACACACAGAUAGAACAGUACACAGCAGAGCCGUAUGUGGCUGAAAGCGCUUUUAAAGAAGAAUUGCCUGGCGGCAGUAGAGCAUUCAUAGGGGAAAAAAGGAAAGCAAGCGAAAAAGACAAGAUAGUGUAUGUGUCCAGCUACGAAUCUAUGCUAGAGAAAGAAAAGCAGAAGAAAAAAGAGAAAACAGCGGAUGCACCCAGCACUCUCGACCAGAAAAAAGAAGAUGAAAAUUCCGCAGAAAAUAACAGAGAAGAAGAGCAGGACAGCUACCAGAAAGAAGAAGGCUCCUUUGAAAAGACAAGAGAUAGACAGAAGAUGAAGGAAAUCAGCAUCUGGCUGUGGAACGAAAGGAGACUCAUGAACACAAGAAGAAAAGGCUACAAAACAAGCCGUAAGGCAAUAGUCAACUAUAAGAACUCCAGCGCAGACGAGCUCACUGUAGCAAAGUUUAAAAUGUACCAGCAAAAGCUUAAGAAGGAUGUUAAAGAGUUUUUCACGCAGUGCUCUUCGCUGAUAAAGACAAACGCGCUGCUGUACUUCAUUGCCAGCCGAAGCGCAAGCAUGAACAUAAAGUACAUCGAUCUUCUGGAAAUGAAAAAGUGGCUGGUGGAAGAGGAGAGCAAGGCGUACAGAGAAAUAGUGAUGGGCCUUAAGGGAUACUACUCUGGAGUGGUGGAAGACAUGAUAGGGUAUAUGGAAAAGCACCAGCCCAUGAAAACCAGCAAGUUCGCGCCUCUAACCGUGUGGAAGGAGACAAUAGGCGAUAUUUAUGUACGCGUUUACCCCAGUCCAAACUACUUCAUCCUAGCAAAGCAAAACAAGAUCAACCGAGUUGGCAAGGGGCACCAUGCACUGGUGUAUGCUCUUUGCAUGAUUUUGCAGCUCUCUGAGGUGUACCAAGACUUUUCAAUGAUCACUGAGGACCUGAUAAAAGAAACAUACACCGCAGAUGACUCUUAUAACAACUUUCACAACAACAGAAUUCUCUUGUGUCUGCACAAGAUCGUGAGAAUGCGCAUAGAAGAAGAUGAGGAUGAAACAGUGUACGGUGAACUGUACAGCGUAUUUAGAUAUAGAUACGGUGAAAAAACAUUGCAGACAUACACGAUAUACGACAUGUAUAAGAGCAUAUACAGCGUUCUAGGAAAGUUCUACGAAAGGGUAGCAGUGUUCGAUAAGAGCAACAAGUACAUUCUAGCAGGAAAGUGCAUGAUAACAAAUCAAAGGUACAUAAAAUGCGAGCUGACAGAGAGCAUAGCACCAAACGAUCCGAAUGACAGAGUGCUGUCUCCUACCUACUCACUCGAAGAGAACAAGUGGAAUGUUUCGCCAGACAUACACAGGCACUACCACGUGCACUACGUGGACAACGCCACGAACCGCCUUAAAAUCCUGUGCAUGCCUAUUUAUGUAGAUGAAAACGAACAGGAGCACUAUCUGCACACAAUCGGGUGCAUAGUGGAGUACAUAAAAGUGCUGUACGAGCUGGAGAUAGAGUCUGAUCUUAUACACCCGUUUAAGAUAAGGAAAGGGACUAGAAAGUGGUCGUACAUCAAGAAGGAGGAGAGAAAUAAAACAGUGAAAGAUUUUGCGGGGCACGAAGUGUUUUUCUACUACAUAAAGGAGUAUUCAGAAAUGAGCAGUUUUACAUUUGCAGAGUUUUGGUCUUUGAGCCCGCACAAUGCAAACGUUAUUUGCAUUCCGCUCUUCCUUACGCCUCUCAUGCAGGCUGCAGUGGAGCUGGGGCCUUUUGCUAUGGAAAAAGAGCACAGCAAGCUAAGCUCAAUAGAGCUUGAGGAGAAAGUGCCCGAUGUGUACAAGUAUGAUGAAAGCUACAACGAUAAAGAGUAUUCAGACAUACACAACUACUACAGCAAUCUCUACAUAGUCCUGGACGCAGAGAAAGAAGAUGGUGUUGACUGCUACGUUAUGGACUACAAGUCUUCUAGGAAAGAGGACAAUGCCAUCAAGAUCGAAUGGUACGUGAGAAUGCCUAGCAGCAUAGACGAGUACACACACUUUGUGCCGGAUAAGGCCUUCAAAAAGAAAGAAAACUCAGACAAGUUUAAUGCCUUUAUCAAAACACUGGAGUCAAGAGAGCACAACAGAGACAGCGAUCUGCAGGGCGUUUGGCUCCGCAACAAUGCUGCAGAAGAGGACGGGAUGAUGUGCUGGACACAGAAGAUAUUCAACUUCAUACACGACAGCAAGUACUACAACCCGGAAAUGGCGAAAAAGGGGCUGAAUGAGAUCAAGAGAAAAAUAGAAAUAGCAGAGGAGAAGUUUAAGCGUGCAGAAGAAGCCUAUAAGACCUUGGGGAAGAUCAACACAAAAGAAGACACAGACAAGAAGAAACAGGAGAAGAACUCCGCAUGCAGUAAGAAGUGCAGAGCGAGAAAAAAGCUGGAAGCGCUCUACAAAGAUCUGUACAUAAAGCUUUCCAAAAAGCCAGAUCUGAAAACAGAGUUUAUAGUGUUUCGGAACGUGAAUAGGAGCAAGUCCAAUCUGGGGGCGCACAACGAGGUUCUUGAUGUUUUAAUUUCAUCGUACAGGUGCCAGUUUGGUGAUGGUAAUGAAUAA